AGGUCUGCCUUCCCCCGAGCAACAAUAAUCAAAUCAUGCCAAACGGAUUCAAACAUCAGUAUGUUUAAUCCCUACAACUACUAAACAACCCCCAAAUCUCUCUUGAUCUACGAUUUCUCCACCCAAAAUCACACAACUUUCAACCUGGGUAUUCGGUUGUUGUCACUUAUACGGGUGUGGUGAGAGAGGGAACCAACGAACAAUGCAGGAAUGGCUCAGCACAGGCAAUCAGGAGGCAUCUUCUUCGACAAACUCCGAAACGAUCAGGUUUCAGUUGGGAUUCGUGCCGCCGCCGCUCCCAACUACAAACAAUCGCGAACUAGUCAUCAUCGGCGCUUCAGGAGCCGAAGGAUUUCUGUCAGCGCUUUCGUGCUUGUUACUCUAACUCUCAUUUUUCUCAUAUCUGCUUCUGCUUUCUUCUUUCUUUCUAAAGAUGAUAAAGAUAAGGAUGAGUACAUAGUAGAAGGUGAUGAGUUUGGGAGUGAUUUGGACUUCCUUGCAAACGUGACACGUACAGAAAGAUCAAAAAUAGUGAAGUUUGGGCAUGGCAAUGGUUUUGUUGGUCAUGGUGGGGACUCUCGGUAUUGGGACAGGGAUGAUAGGAGAAGAGAUGAUGAUUAUGGUGAGGAUUUAGUGGGUAAUGGUAGUACUAGUACUAGUAUAGCAUCAAAAAGAUAUGUCUCUGAAGAUAACAACAAAAGGAGGUCAUCGGAUCACAAGGUAGCUGGUUUGUAUAAUGAAGCUGGGCGAAACGAGCUGAAGAUGUAUGAAGCAGAGUAUGAGGCUUCUUUAAAAGGUGUUUCAGUGUCUAAAAAGGAAGCUAAGACCAUGAAUCAGCUGGCAGAUUCUGAGGAAGAUGAUGUGAUUGUGGAUGAUGAGUAUAUUGAUGAGAUUGAUAUGCAUGACAUUCGACUUGAAGACUAUAAUGACCACCACUCUGUUGGAGGAUCUUCAGGCAAGGAUGUACAUGUACCAAUUCAUGGUUUGCCUGUGGAUGCUUUAGAUCCAGACAAACUGAGAGAUACUACUUCCAUGCAAUCCUCAAGAAGGGCUAUUUCUGAGAGGAGGAUUGCUUCCAAGAAGAGGUCAAAGAGGCGGAAGUAUUCAGGUAGGUGUGCUUGUGAAAUGAAAAUUCUUAACUCUACCAUGAAGGCUGUGGAGCCUCCACAAAGUCUCAAGUUUGCAAGAUUUUCCUUGCAGUACACGGAAAUAGAAAGUAAGAUUAAUAGGUUGGAAUCAUGGGAGCCCAAAUUUGGUGGGCAUCAGAGUUUGGAAGAAAGGGAACAAUCUUUCGUUGCAAAUGAUCAGAAACUUAAUUGUGGGUUUGUGAAGGGUCCUAAAGGGUAUCCUAGCACAGGAUUUGACUUGGCUGAAGAUGAUGCAACAUAUAUUGCUACUUGCCAUAUUGCUGUCAUUUCAUGCAUAUUUGGAAACUCCGAUCGUUUGAGAUCACCCAUGGGGAAAACGGUUUCUCGGAUUUCAAGGAAAAAUGUAUGUUUCGUGAUGUUUGUAGAUGAUAUUACUUUACAAACUCUUUCCUCAGAAGGACAUAUGCUGGACAGAAUGAGUUACAUUGGUAUAUGGAGAAUUGUGGUUGUUAAGAAUCUUCCAUACACUGACAUGCGCAGAGUAGGAAAAAUACCUAAACUUUUGGCACACCGUCUUUUCCAUAAUGCAAGGUACUCAAUUUGGUUGGAUAGCAAGCUGCGGCUCCAACUGGACCCUUUACUGGUAUUGGAAUAUUUCUUGUGGCGAAAAGGGCAUGAGUAUGCUAUUUCAAAUCAUUAUGAUCGCCAUUGUGUCUGGGAGGAAGUUGCUCAAAAUAAGAAGCUCAACAAGUACAAUCACACCAUCAUCGAUCAACAAUUUGCCUUCUACCAAGCAGAUGGCUUAACAAGAUUCAAUCCAUUCGAUUCUCAAAAGCUUCUCCCAAGCAAUGUACCAGAAGGUUCUUUUAUUGUAAGGGAACACACGCCAAUGUCAAACUUGUUCUCGUGCCUCUGGUUUAACGAGGUUGAAAGGUUCACACCUCGUGAUCAGUUGAGCUUUGCAUAUACAUACCACAAGCUAAGACGGAUCAACCCCACCACCCCCUUUUACUUUACCAUGUUCAAGGACUGUGAAAGGCGAAAGAUAGCAAAGUUGUUUCGCCACAGGUCAGAAGAGAGUAGAAGAUAUAUGCUGAUUGGACAAGAGGCAGAGGCAGAGGCAGAGUGAGUGAUGUGGAUGAUAAUCAUAUAAGCGCCUUUGUUUGUUUGUGUCUACUUAUUACGGAGUGGAGGGAGUUGUAGAUAUACAUACUAGAGGCGUACACUGUUUUUGGGUGGUGAACUGAAGAUGGCCAUACAUACAUACAUACAUAAAUCAUUUGUGUAUUUUAUUUUCCAUCUCAACACCCAGACACCACCUCACACACACCUACCUACCUACCUGGCUGGCAUGCUGUAUUAAGCGUGGUGUACAUUUUUUCUUUCUUUGUGGUUUUAUUGAUCGUAGAUAGUUGGAUGCUAUUUUACGCAAGCGUUUUGGACUGUUAUUUUUCUUCAUUCAAAUUGGUGGAGUUUGUAUUUGCUUGGCCUUCUUGGACCGGCUUGGCUUGGCUUCUCUUUGUUUUUCCUUGUUCAAUGCUUUAUGGUAAGUAAGGGUUUCAAAAA